AUGAAGCUCAGUGAGAGAGGAUUGAAGUUAUCAGCAAAGAUAGUCUACGCCAUUCUCACUAGAAGCAUCGUUUCUGUCAAGGAGAAUGAAGCCUGGUUCCAUUUCGGUGCGCAGCCAAUGAGGUUCUCUAUAAGAGAAUUUCAUAUGAUGACAGGCUUGAAAUGUAGUGGUGCAUUAGAAGGACCACGAAGGGAAACCGAGAGAUUUAAUUGGGAAUUGCUAAAGGGGCGUAGUCAUAAGUUAAGUGACGUGGUGGACCAGCUCAGAAACACAAGAGAAGAUGCUUCUGAGGAGAGAGUAUGCCUCGCAAUGCUCAUCCUGGUAGAGAGCAUAUUAUUGCGGAAGAGCAAAGGAGGGAGUUUUCCUUUGGAAUAUGCGAAAAAUGCACAGGAUAUGACAUAUCCAUGGGGAAAAGAGGCUUACAUUGUGCUCCUGAAGUCAAUUCAAAACGCUGUCGCGAAUCAUUUGGAGAAUAAAUCCAAAUUUGAGUUGCAAGCUGAAGGUCCAUUGCAUACUACCUUCUAUCAUGAUCCAGAAGAUGAUAUCUCCAUUGAAGACAAAUAUAGUGACGAGUUGGAAACAGUGAAAGAUGUAACAAAGAAAGGGUACAAGAUUACAGCCGAUGACUGGGAAAAUAGGUGUGUAGACACAUUUGACACAUUGGAUGCUCUUAUUCAAAUGAUGGCAAAUAAGGAGACUGGCCAAGCUUCUACUCCGAUUGAUGAGGAUUCAGUAAAUGAAAAAGUGAACAGGAUCAUCACGGUAAUGGAGGAGAAUCUGAAGAGCAUGAAGGAUCGAAUGUCAUUACUGGAAGAAGAAAACAUACAUCUUAGAGCUCGUGUGUCAGAGUUGGAAGGAAACAACAAUGUUUUUCCCACUAACGUGACACAAAAGCGAUCCAGUGGGACACCUUUAUCUCCAAUGUCUCACACGCAACCAUCGAGUGAGACACCUUUAUCUCCAAUGUCUCAACAGCCUAAUUUGACACAUGAGGAGACAAUGAUUGAAUCAGCUGCAUCUCCAAAGUCUCAACAAAAUGAGGUAUAUGCUCAAAAAAGUUUAAGAAAAUAUUUGGAAAUUCUUGUACAAAAUCCUGAAUGCCUUCCUGAUUUUUGCAGGAUUACACGCAACCAUCGAGUGAGACGCCUUUAUCUCCAAUGUCUCAACAUCCUAAUUUGACACAUGAGGUAUGUAACCAAUAAAAUAUUGUUGAGUUUUGAAGUAAUAUUUGGAAGCUUUUGUACAUAUUCUUGAAUGCAUUCUUGAUUUUUGCAGGACACAAUGAAUGAAUCAGAUGAUGAAACUCCUGCCCUUGAUACUCAAGUAUUCUCUCCUAAUCUGACAAAAGAGGUAUAUGCUCAAUGAUAUUGUUUUCACAGUUGGAGUUUACAAAUUAGUUUUGGGUGAUUUUUUUACAUAUAAAGGCUUUUCUGAUUUUUGACAGAAAGAAACAGAAACGUCUACCGGAUGAGAGGCCAUCCAAUCCUAAUCAAGAUGGAAAACCAGAUGAUGAGGUAAUAUUUAUUCUAGAAAUUAUAGUUGAAUGUAUUCAUGAUGGCCAUUCCUGAUAUUUUUUUGCAGAUUGUGAGAGAGAAAUUAACAAGUGAGUCACCUGCUAGUCAGAGUCAAGUUUUGCAGAAAGAAACAGUAGAAAUGAAUGAGACACCUUCUUCUCCAAUAGCUCCAAAGAGUAUUGAAACUCCCGUUUAUACUCCAAGUCAGACUCAGCAGGUACAUGGUCAAAAAAAAUCUUGGAUUUUUAAGUUAAUGUUUGGAAGCUUUAGAACGUACUCUGGAUUGACUUCGUGAUAAUUUUUACAGAUUGAGAGAGAGCCAUCGGAUGACACGCCUGCCCUUGAUACUCAAGUUUUUACUCCUAAUCUGACAAAAGAGGUAUAUGCUCAAUGACAGUUGGAGUUUACAAUUAGUUUUGGGUGAUUUACAUAUAUAGACCUUUCUAAUUUUUGGCAGAGGGAAACACAAACCUCUACUGAUGAAACGCCACCCAAAACUAAUCAAGAAGAAGGAAAACCAGAUGAUGAGGUAAUAUUUACUCUAGAAAUUAUAAUUGAAUGUAUUCA